CUGGUCUUGGCGGCCUCCCUCUCUCGGUCCCGCCGCCGCCCCCUCGGUUCUUUUCGGGAGGCCAACGAUGUCGCCAUGAGGGAGGCCGAGAGGAGCGCGCCGCGCCGACCCCGUCGCCGCCGGGCCAUGCGCCUGGCCUCGGGCUUGGGCCUCGCGUCCUCAUCCCCGCUCUCGCUUCUUCUCCGUCUCCACAGCGGCGCCGCGGAGGCGCCUUUGGAUGCUUCAGAGCCCGGCUCCGGGAAGCCCAGCGGUUGCAGCGGCAGCGGCAGUGGUAGUUGCGGCGGCCACAGCGACGGCGGCAGCGGCGGCGGCCAACCCUCCGCCCGACAGGAUGGACAAGAGCAACCCCUCCGGCUCCGGCCUGGGCGGCGGCGGAGCCUCCUCCUCCUCUUCCUCCUCGGCCGGCGCCGGCAAAGGACAGCCGCCGCGCUCUAACUCCGCCGGGCCCGCCGGAGGAGGAGGAGGAGAGUCCAAGCCCAAGGGCGAUGGAAAAAAUGCGAAUGGAUCCAAACAGCGUUAUAACCGUAAGCGAGAAGUCUCGUAUCCCAAAAAUGAGGGCUUCUCGGGCCAGUCCCGUCGCUCCGCUUCACAGAAAAGCAAAGCUUUUAAUAAGGUGCCCCCUCAGAGAGGACAGGGCAGCGGCGGCAAGCCUUUUAGUACUUCUUCUAAUGGCGGAAGACGAGAUGAGGUAGCAGAGGCCCAACGGGCAGAGUUCAGCCCUGCCCAGUUUUCUGGCCCCAAGAAGAUUAACCUGAACCAUUUGUUGAAUUUUACCUUUGAGCCUCGUGGCCAGGCUGGCCACUUUGAUGGGAGCGGCCGUGGCACUUGGGGGAGAAGGAACAAGUGGGGCAACAAGCCUUUCAGCAAGGAGCUCUUUCUUCAGGCCAAUUGCCAGUUUGUGGUGAGCGAUGACCAGGACUACACAGUCCACUUCUCUGAUCCAGACACCUUGGUCAACUGGGACUUUGUGGAACAAGUGCGGAUUUGCAGCCACGAAGUGCCCUCCUGCCCAAUCUGCUUGUACCCGCCCACGGCUGCCAAGAUCACCCGCUGUGGGCACAUUUUCUGCUGGGCCUGCAUCCUGCAUUACCUGUCUCUCAGCGAGAAGACUUGGAGUAAAUGCCCCAUCUGCUACAGCUCGGUCCACAAGAAGGACCUGAAAAGUGUUGUCGCUCUGGAAACCCAUCAGUAUGCAGUCGGGGACACCAUUACCAUGCAGCUGAUGCAACGGGAGAAAGGGGUCUUGAUUGCCCAGCCAAAGUCCAAGCUGACCAAUGUGACACAGCCUAUCCACCUAGGAGAUGAACAACACAGCCAGUAUUCAAAGCUGCUUCUGGCCUCAAAGGCUCAGGUGCUGCAGCAGGUGAUAUUGGAGGAGAAGGCUGCUCUCCUGCGUCAAUACGAAGAGGACAAGCACACACCUGAAGCAUGUUUCAUUGAAGCUGCCAUCCAGGAAUUGAAGGACCGAGAGGGCAUAUUGCUGACAGGAACAAGCAACGAUGCCAGUGUUGUCGGCGCCACAGCAGCUUUGGAAGAGAUGGUUGUGAUGGAGCUGCCUGACAAGGAAAUAGCAGCAGCAGCAGCAGCAGCAAUAUCCCAGGAAAAAAAGCAGUGCGUUAUACAAUACCUCUCUGCAUUUGAUGAAGAAAUUAUGAAGUCUCCUCCUGCGGAUUCUGCCAGCGGGAUUCAACCCCCAUUGGAAAUGGAAGAGUCUGCGGUGGUCAACAAGGAAGAGCCUGACCUGGAUCUGAGUGAAGUGAAAAAAUCUUGUCUGGCUGAAUCUGCUCCUGGGAAAUCUAGAACGGCACUCAGCAGCAGUCACCCAAGUAGCUCCCCUUUCUACUACUUCUACCAAGCUGAGGAUGGACAGUGCCUGUACCUCCACCCAGUGAAUGUCCGCUGUCUUGUCCAGGAGUACGGCAGCCUGGAGAAGAGUCCUGAGAAGAUCACUGCCACCGUGGUGGAAAUAUCUGGUUACUCCAUGACCGAGGAUGUGCGUCAGCGCCAUCGUUAUCUUUGCCAUUUGCCUCUCACUUGCGAGUUCAGUAUUUGCGAACUGGCCCUGAAGCCCCCUGUUAUCUCCAGAGAAACCAUGCAAAUGUUUUCAGAUGACAUUGAAAAAAGGAAGCGUCUGAGACAGAAGAAAGCUCGCGAUGAGCGACGUCGGGAGCGCAGAAUUGAAAUGGAGGAAAAUAAAAAACAGGGGAAGUAUCCAGAGGUCCGUAUUGCUUUGGAGAAUCUGCAGCAGUUCCCUGCCUUCAGUGCAUGUUCAGGAGAAUCGGAUGGUACUGAGAACCAGAGCGUCCCUCUGAUGUCUUCCAUGAGCAGAAGCCCAGUUUCUCAACCAGAGCCCUUGCUGACUCCGCUGUCUUCUGCCACCAGCCCUGGCAGCCCUUCUUUCGGUCCUGGGAACCUGGAGGAGGAAAUGGCCCUCCCCUCAUUUGCGGAGAUGCUGAGGGAUGGAAAAGCUAAAUCAGAUACUUGGAAUAUUUCCCAGCCAAAGAAGAAAGAAACAAGCGGUUGUUUCCUUCCAGAGAAUGCUAACCUGGCCCCUCCAGCUCCAGUGGACAGCGAUGGGGAGAGCGAUAGUUCAGACCGUGUUCCUGUGCCUAGUUUCCAGAAUUCCUUCAGCCAAGCUAUUGAGGCAGCCUUCCUAAAACUGGACAAACCAUCCACUUCCGACCACCACUUGGAGCAAAAAAGAGGCAAGAAGAAGAAGCAGAAGCAAAAGCUGCUCUUCAGCACUUCAGUCGUCCACACCAAGUGACCCUCCUAACAGACUGACUCGGCCUCCUGGUUUCUUUGUUUGCUUUUGUGUUUUUUUUGCUGCUAUAGAAAAAAAAGGUAUUUAAACAGGGGGCAGAAUAGGUUUGUUUCUGGGAUGAGGGGGUGGGCUUUAGGGCAUUUUAAUGAAGCAAUGGGUUCAGUUCAUUUUGAAGCAAAAAGUAUUGAAAUGCAGAUUGGGAAGCCAAAGUUUCAGGGUUGGACCGGGCUUAAUGCCUUUUGCCUGGGAUGAAUUGUGCAGCUGCCUUUGACACUCAGGAGGCAGAGAGAGGGCUUUGAAAGAAAUGGAAACGAGUGUGGCAGUGGGCAAAACAUCCCCUUCUUUGUCUGUUCCCCCCCCCCCCUUUUUCUGGAAAUGGGGAGAUAAAUGUACUGGGCCAUUGAGCACUCCUGGACUGUGUGACAUCCAUGGACUCCAAAUUCCUCACAAAGAAAAGGAGUGGAAGCAAUUCAGCUCCUGCUCAAAGUUGAAGGACUAUGUGCUGUCCAGGGUCAAAAUGCCAUUGUAUUCAAUGAGGCAAGAGACACUCUUGGCCUCCUGGUGCUAAUUUGAUCACUUGGAGGGAGAAUUCAAAAUGUGUGCUUUCCUUUAGUUAAACAGGGUUCUCUUCAAUGUGCAGCAGGCUGUCCAGGACGUUUGGGCCUUGUGUUUUCUUGGCCCUGGGGUUCAAUUGGGGUUGUAUUCUGUGCAUUUAAGCCAUCCUUCUCUCCCUCCUUCCCACCUUAUUUUUCUUUUUCGGUGUGUGGAGAAGUCUCCUUUGGCACUGCUUUGUGGCUUGAUCUGAAACUAAUUCCUACUAAACAAAAGUGUCAGUUCCGUUGAAUACGAGGGACAUGUCAGUGUACUAUACCAGCAAAUAGUUGCAAUAAAACCAUAUGCACAACA